AUGCAUGAAGAACGACCUGAAGCCGAGGGCGAAGGAGAACGCGAGCGGCCGGAAACAUUGGACCAUGCCCAUGACGACUCAGAGCCUGGCACCAAACGAGAGCAGGAAGAAACCAUCCUGUCCGAGACGGAGACUCAGCCGGACAACAAACAAUGCCGCAUAUGCCUCGAGGGUGCGGACCCAGACUUGGGGAGGCUGAUUCGUCCAUGUCUCUGCAAGGGGUCAAUUAGCUGCGGGUACCACUACCAUUUCGCCCGUACCCGCGUGCUGGGCAUCGCGACCAACCCAGUUGUGAUUGCAGUGGUAUCCUCGCUGAUAUUCACUACCAUCGUCCUCAUCAGCUCCUUCAUCACAACAUUCUUUACUGCCGGGGAGGACGAGGACGGAACAUUCUCCUAUACCAACUGGUAUCCCCUCGAGAUUUUCCGAAGUCUCGUGAGGAUGACGAUCGGCAUCCUGGUCGACGACAACAUGAUUGACGACUCCACGGGGCGCCACCGACGCAGGACGGCGUUCCCUCCUCAGCCUCAGAAACCGCCGGGUUUACUCCUCAGUCUCUUCCGGCGAUUCCUGCUCGGCCUCCCUGUCGUCGGUGCAGGUUCCAUCGCUCACAUGCUCAUUUCCAUACCCUUCCCCUUCCACUGGUUGCGCCUGCGCACCCGUCGUGCUCGUGUCGGACGCGAGUCGAAGGAUUUAAUGGCCCUCAUCAUCCUCGCAGUGGUCUUGGCGGGGGCCGCCAGGCAGGUUCCGCUGUUCUUCAUAUGA